CAUUGGCAACGCUGCGGGUCCGGUCAUCUGUGUUUUGGUCUCGAAGGAAAAAAGGUCGAAGAUGGAGCCCGAAGGAGCGAAAAAUGGCUUCGAUUCCUUCAUCCAGAGUGUGAAUAACGUCUUGGAGAAGCCGGUGACAUGGUUCAGAGAGUCGGUGGUGGUUAAGAACAGAGAAGAGUAUCCCUGGUACCACCGGCAAUUCCGCCGUGUCCCCACGAUCGACGAGUGCUACACUGACGACAUUGUCUGCUACAUUGAAGCAGAUGAACAGUUCAAGCGAGACAGAAUGGUUGACAAUGAAGUCCUGAACAUUCUACGUCAGCGCAAGGAGGACUGUGUUAUGUACGAGGGCGCAGACAGCAAAACUAAGUGUGCAAAGUUGUUGGAGGAUUAUGACAAGGCAGCUGAAAACUGGUUUAUUAAGUAUGGUGACCUAGGUGCUUAUGGCAAUGUGAAAGAUGCCUACAUGAAGCAGAAACACCGCCUUAUCUGGGAGCGCCGUCAUGGACCUGUGGGCUCAGGGAUGAAGAGUGCCCUUUGAAAUGUGCCCUUGGAGGACAUUGAAAGAUAGCAUUAAGUAGGAGCCCUGAUAUUCCAAGGUUGUCACUCUUGAUCUAAAAAGUGAUUGGGUUCGAGUAGAUGACGAGGUGUUCAUCCUGUUUAGGGUUAAUCUUUGUAUGUCACUGCAUGUAGAGGUUGACAGUUUUCAUUCAUACUGUGAACAUGGAUGUGUUAAAGAAGUUUGUCAUUCAAUCAGAUGGACAACAAUGCUUUGUAAAAUCAUCAGAAGCUGUACAUAAUAAAUAGAUUUUAUUUGA